GGUCAUUAUGGGUGGCCUCUAUUCGACUUUCAUUUAGAGUAUACAUGUUUGUAUAUACAUUUCAUGAUAUUGCGAGUAAGAUACAAGUACUGAUUGCUUUAGUAUACAAACAGGAUGCAUAUGUGAAGAUCUUUGACUGUUCAGUGAGAUCUUUCAAGAAGAAUAUGAAUAAGGGCGAUACGAAAUGUCGUUCCCAUGAUACAGAACGCAAUAUUCCACCAGCGGAAGAAGAUAUCCUCGUUCUUGACACCAUUGAUGAUUCGAAGAAUUCUUGUUUACGGGUUUAUAAUUCACGACCAGUUUCAGAAUGGGUACUGCUAAUGGCUUGCUGUGUGUGUAAUAGUCUGAUGAUUGGUUAUUCCUAUGGUAUGGGUGCGUUAUUUUUAGAAAUGAAGGAAUCGCUCAAUUCAACUAGAGCUGAAACGGCAACGGUCCAGUCCAUAACUAUCGGUAUUAUGAAUUGCGGAGGUCUUAUAUCUCCACUUAUUGCCAGCAUCAUUGGUAUUGGUAACACACUACUAAUUGGGACCACUGUCGCAUGUUUAGCCAUUGUCUGUGGAUUCUUUGUAGAAACCAUUUCUCUUCUGGUCGUAGUCGUUGGAGUAAUUGGAGGUCUAGGAUUGUGCAAUAUUUUCAUCUGUAUGUUUGUUGCAAUUGGUAAAAUAUUCAAGCACAGUUACCAGUCCGCUUUAGCAGCGCUUAUCCUUAGCGGUGGUGUUGGGUAUUUCGUAUUCCCAUAUAUAAAUGUUUUAAUUUUAAAAAGAUAUAGCUGGAGGGGCGUAUUCCUAAUUCACGCAGGGCUUCUCCUUCACUGCAUUCCUCUUGCUUUAUACAUUCGGAUUCUUUUGCCAAAAGAUACAUCUAACCGUAAAGAAAAUAAAUCAUGUUUUAAUAAUACAUAUUUUGAAUCCCAUGUGUCUUUGUGGAAAGAUUCUUUACACGUUACAUUUUUUAUAUGUCUCAUACUGAGAUCCGUGCCAUUGGGGUUGGUAACGUAUUUUAUGCUGGACAUAGCAGUUUAUAAAAACUUCAGUUCGGUCGAUGGGUCCAUAUUUUUGUCAGCUGUAGGAUUUGGAAAUAUUGUGGGACGUGUUUUGAUUCUGUUCACGAGAGGUGUUGUUAAAAUAUCCCCAGUUAUAGAAUACGCGUUACACAUUAUAUUCACGGGAAUGGCUUUGUUUAUUUUUGGGAUUGGAAAAGACUUCGGGCUCAUAAUUGCUUCGUGUACCAUAUUUGGAUUGGGUUAUGGACUCUUGACGUCUACAGCAAACAUUGCUGUUUUCAAUAUAGCUGGUGCAAAUCGUUAUCCUACAGCAUUAGGAAUAUCAAACACUGGUGUGGGAAUUGGAUUUGGUAUAGCUGGUCCAAUUGGCGGCGUAAUAAAAGAUAAUGUGGAGUCAUAUGAUCACAUACUCUUUAGUUUUGCUAUAGUUUGUACUUUAAGUGGACUAUGGUUAUUGGUUGUGGCCUGUUUCAGCAAUAAAAAUAACAAGGGAAACAACUAAACGAGGUUGAUAUUAUGGAUAAGACAAAUCAGAUAUUCAUAUAAAAAUCUGUUGGAUAUAAAUGUGUGUUAACCUUAGAAGUCUUUGUCCCACCAUCCAUUCAAACCAUGUCAGGGUUGGCACUAUUAAACAAUGUCAGUCAAUCUUCCAAACAGAAAUAGAACGAACAGUCAGUGAAUACAUCACAUACAAUACAAUGGCAUGGCCAUUUACAACGACGGCAUUAAUAAUAAUAGAGAAAUAAAGAAACUGAAUGUAAAAAUGCAGAUAAUCUGUUGGCGGGCCAGAAGCAUCAAUAUUAAAUUAGUCUUUACUGUUUACGUUUACACGACAGGGCGUGGCCUUUCAUCUGGCUAAUUAAAAGAUGCAUUGGUCAUGAUCUAUUUUAACAAAGAACAGUGACUAAAACUGCACCACCCAAGGAACAGCCCAAAACUGAUAAGACGCUUAAAAUGAUUACAAACAUGGUUUGAUUUCCUAUAAUGAACAGUUCCUAUCUUAGACAAGAUUAGAAAUAUUACCUCGCACCUUGUUCAUUUGAUUUUAAUACACCAACAGCACCCUUGUCAGGACGCUGAGCAAAGAAAGUUAUGGCACAAAAAGAAUAUGACAUGCAACAAAGCGUUGGAAAAGUUGAGGAGGAGAUACUGGUUGUGGACAGUAACAAUAAGAAAGGUUGUUUGGGGAAGUUCAGAGCAAGAUCUGCUUCAGAAUGGAUACUUCUUAUGGGAUGCUGUGUAUGCCAUGGUCUGAUGAUAGGAUAUACCUAUGGAAUGGGUUCAUUAUUUCUGGAAAUCAAAGAUUCGUUUGGGGCGAGUAGAGCCGAAACUGCAAUGGUCCAGUCCAUAACUAUCGGACUUAUGUGUUGUGGCGGACUCCUAUCGCCACUUCUUGUGAGUAUAAUUGGAAACGGUAACACAAUGUUAAUUGGAACAACCAUAGCAUGUUCAGCUAUUAUUGGUGGUGGAUUGUUAGUGGAAUCCAUUUCGCUUCUUAUUAUAAUCGUUGGUGCUAUUGGAGGUUUGGGGUUGUGUAACAUUUUCAUCGGAAUGUUUGUUUCAGUUGGGAAAAUAUUUAAAGAGGACUAUCGUGUCGCUUUGGCGGCACUCAUUCUUAGUGCUGGUGUGGGGAACUUUAUAUUUCCGUAUAUGAAUGUGUUGAUUUUAGAACAAUAUAAUUGGAGAGGUGUAUUCUUGAUAAACGGGGGACUUCUUCUUCAUACCAUUCCUCUUGCCUUAUUCAUUCGGAUCAUACUACCAAAGGAAAAACCAGAUCAAACUGAAUCGAAGAAAUGUUUUAGUAAUUCGUACUUCCGAUCCCACGUGUCUUUAUGGAAGGAUCGAUUACACGUGACGUAUUUUAUAUGUCUAAUUAUCAGAUCUGUACCUUUAGCAUUGAUCAAUUAUUUUAUGUUGGAUAUAGCUGUUUAUAAAAACUUUGACGAAAUUGAUGGAUCAUUAUUCCUAUCAGCUGUGGGUUUCGGGAAUAUGUUCGGAAGAGUGGCUGUUCUUAUCUCAAGAAAUAUCAUUAACAUAUCACCGGUUAUUGAAUACGCUUUACAUAUUACAUUCACUGGUUUGACUGUAUUUCUUCUAGGACUUAGCAACAGCUAUGGUCUUAUUAUUGCGUCUUGUACCAUAUUUGGAUUAGGGUUUGGACUGUUGACGUCUACAGUGAAUAUUGCUGUUUUUGCUAUUGCUGGGGAAGAUCGGUAUCCUACAGCAUUAGGUAUAACCAAUACUGGUGUUGGUAUUGGCUUUGGUAUAGCAGGUCCGAUAGGAGGUAAGUGAAGUAUAAAUUGAGCAAAAUAUAAUAUAAGGUGUUUGACAAGUAUUAAGUACUAAGUAUUAGGUCUUGGUUUUGUGAGGAAAUGAUUAAAUACGUCACAUGAUUUUGCAACGAUUACUUCUGUACACGGUUAACAAUAAGAAGAAUGUCAUUAGUGAGGUAUGAAGGUUUUAAAGAAAUAAAUUCUACAUGUGAAAAACACAUUAAUAGGAUGUUUAAUCUCCAUUAACAAUUUAAAAAAAUAUAUUUAUACGAAUGUGCAUUUACCAUUGUCUUUCUAAACCGAGAUCCUCGGUGGCCCAGUGAGUGAGACGUUGGUUCGAUAACCCGGAAGUCCCGUGUUCGAUGCGUGUACAUAAAGGAACCCUUGGUAGUUGGAAUUCAAUAUAAUAGUUGCCGUAGUACCGUUGUCCGGGCACAUUUUCCCUCGCAGCACACUAUAUGACGUAUGCCCGUUUUCGUUAGCCCAAUUGAUGCCGGACAGUAGGAUGUUAAACCCCAUUUCAUUUAAUUUCGUUCCGAACUACUUUUGUGAGAUUUACGUAGUAUUAUUUUGGACGGAAUCCAUCAUAAACUGCUGUUUAAUGGUGAAAAAUACUAUCGCAAUGUAUAUGUAUAUGUACUUAGCUAGUACUUACACCAUUGUGAUUGUAUUUAUAUAUAA